GUAUCGGAAAUGCCGCGAGUGCGCAUGUGCAAUGUUGCGGGACUCGUGGUUAUUUUUAUUAUUUUCUUUUUAUUUUAUAUUUUGUUUAUUUUUCUUAUUUUACAGUUGGGAGGGCUGCAGUCUAAUAGCACGGACCGCCCCUGGACUACGAUGGUUUAAUAGUUUACUUAUUAGUAUUAGAAUUACGUAUAUGUUGUUUAGUAUUUCCUGUUACAGUACUUUUGUUAAAUCAGGGGGUACCGUACACGAAUAAGUAACGAAAUGCCUGUUUUCCUGUCCAAAGAGCUCAUAUGUAUGGCAUUUAGCUCUUUCUGUAAAACAACUCAGCAAACUGAAUAGUCUUGAUAUGAGUUGCUUAUACUGAUGUAAAUGCAGUGAAUCGUCCUAGUGAGACUAAUGCUUAUUUUUUUCUUAAUAGAGGUGAAUAUUUUUGCUUCUGACUGCACAAGAAUGUCAUCAUGGCCAGAUUUCGACGGAAAACAUGCAUUACUUUAUUGUUGUUUGUUUUAUUCGUUUUUGGUGUUAUGAUGGGUCUGAAAACUCUAAAGCCUCCAGGAGCAGAGUUUAGAAGCCCAUUUGGUCUUGGAUUACUGCCCCAGGUUCAACAAGAAGUUGCUGCUGUAAGAAAAGCACAAAACAACCCUGUUAUCUCAAACGGAAGUCCUGCAAACCUGCCACCCCAUCAUUCAAAAAUGGAUUUAGAUACUGGAAUGAACAAUGCUGCGAAUUCUGAAGCAAGCCCAGAUAUGUUAGUGACACCAAAUUAUGAUAUUCAUCUUUUUUACUACAGCUGGUAUGGGAACCCACAAGUUGAUGGUAAAUAUAUUCACUGGAACCACCCUCUUUUACCACAUUGGGACCCCCAAAUUGUAAACAAUUAUCCCAAAGGGAAGCAUGUUCCCCCUGAAGAUAUUGGAGCCAACUUCUAUCCUGAACUUGGGGCUUACAGUUCCAGAGAUAUUGGAGUCAUAGAUGCACACAUGAAGCAAAUUCGUACAGCUUCUGCAGGUGUCGUAGCCUUAUCGUGGUACCCACCUGGUAUGGCAGACGAGGCUGGAGAGCCAGCAGAUGAUAUUGUGCCUUCUCUGUUGGAUGCAGCACAUAAAUAUCAACUCAAGGUUACCUUUCACAUUGAACCUUUCAAAGGUCGAGAUGAUCACAGUCUUUACAACAGUGUCAAGUACAUUAUUGACAAAUAUAGUGAACAUCCAGCUUUCUAUCGAUACAAGAUGAGUACAGGAAGGGUACUGCCAAUGUUUUAUAUAUAUGACUCUUAUAUAACAAACCCAGAAACCUGGGCCCAACUCUUAACUAUUUCUGGCUCUCAAAGCAUUCGGAACACACCUUAUGACAGCAUAUUUAUUGCACUUCUUGUCCAAGAAAACCACAAAAAUGAAAUUGUUAGGAGUGGAUUUGAUGGAAUUUAUACAUACUUUGCAACUAAUGGAUUUUCUUAUGGUUCCUCCCAUCACAACUGGCCAGCGAUUAAAGCUUUUUGUGAUAGCAAUAACCUAUUGUUCAUUCCAAGUGUGGGUCCAGGAUAUAUUGAUACCAGCAUUCGACCCUGGAACAGCCGUAACACAAGAAACCGUGUUAAUGGAAAGUACUAUGAGACAGCUUUCAGUGCAGCAUUGCUGGCACGGCCUGAUAUCAUCUCAGUUACUUCAUUUAAUGAGUGGCAUGAAGGAACUCAGAUUGAGAAGGCAGUUCCAAAGAGAGCAGGCCAUUUAGUUUACCAGGACUAUCUACCUCACAAGCCUGAUAUUUAUCUGGAGUUGACACACAAGUGGGCAGCAAAAUAUCGCAAAGAAAAGGAACAGUGGUUAAUGUGAAUGUUUUCCUAAUUUCCUUAGUCGUGUUAAAUACUGUAAAUAUUUUCAAGGGAUCCAAACCCACUUUACCAGGAAAAUAGCUGGUGUGGAAAAACUUGAGUGUAGUGAUGGUAUUGUUAAUUUUUUUUGUUUUCUUUGUCAUGAACUUCUGCUUUUCAAACCUGUUCCAGAUAGCUUGAUACAUGUGGGUUUUUCAUCACAGAAAAUGUAUCCAUCUCUACAAUGUUAUCUGUUUUAGUUUAUAAUGAACAAGAUAUGUUUCUUUCUAACUUUUUACCUUGGUUUCAAAACCUAGUAAGUUUUGUUUGUAGCAGUCAUAGACUCUUGUCAGCUUAUAUAAAAAGAAGAUUGAUGUAUUUUAUUAGAAUCUGUAAAUCCCAUCCAAUUUGAACCGUGCAGUUUUGACAGGUGUAGGUCUUUCUGUAUGACUCCUAACUAUUUGCAAUAUUCAUAAACAAUGUAUACAAGUGUAUAGGGCUGGUACACAGUAUAAACCUCAUUCCAAAGCUAUACACAAUUCAUGAAGCAUGCUUGCUCCCUUGUGUAGGGACAGAUAUUGCGGCAUGCCUGCUCCCUUGUGUAGGGACAGAUACUGCGGCACAUGAAGAGUCCAUGUAAGGAGUAGGCAUGCAAAUUAGUCACAGUUGCAUCUAGUAUUUUGUAGAGGGGGAGUCUGUCAUUUAUGUACAUGCAACAGUGGACCUAAAGAUUCUAUAACACUAGCCAGCCUGUCAGUGCCCCUGCACACCAGGGUGCAAGGAAGCAUCCCAUAGCAGUGUACAGAGUAGACUAGCAAUAUACUACAAUCACCCUUCGUUCUCCCCCACCUCAGUGACAUUGCACUUCCACCAGUUGGAGUGGACUCAGCAGCAGAUCUCUGCAUUGGCAUAAGAUGCAUUAUUCGGGAUGUUCUGUAGACAUGGCCAGGGAAUGUAGAAUAGUUAGGAAACCCCUCUGUCCAUUUCUCUGAAGUAGAGUUGGAUGAAGCAGGGGGUGUCAGGAAACUCCAUUCUUCAGUGGCUGUAAAACUAGAUCACAUCUCUGACCCUGGUUGGAGAGAGCCUAUGUACAAAUACACAUAGUUAUGAAUUAUGUGGGCAGUACUAGUUCAUGGUUGAAGCCAGCUGAACCAGUUAAUGAUAUUUCAUUUUGACAUAAAAGCUUCUUCUAGACCUAUAUUUUAGGAUUACUGAAAAUUAAUCUGAACUUUCUCAAUGUCUUCUGCAGAACCAGAUGUAGUUCUUUAGAUCUGGAAUUAUGAUGGCAACCAUGGUUGCUAAAGGCAUCUAUAUUAAGGAUAUGAGGGUUAGUUGCAGUAAUGUACAUAGCUGUUGGUGUACAAUUACACAGUUAAACAGCAGCAGACCACAAAUUCAUUGAUUAUCACGUGCAGCCACCAGAGAACAAGUCCUGUUUACUGCAUACAGUGAUUAUGAAUAUGGCGGCAUGAUUUUAUAUUUUUGGAUGAUGUAAGAAGCAGUAUAAGUGAAACUUUAGAUUCAGAAACUGUUCCAUCAUGUUUGGCCUAAUGUAUAUAAAUAUUGUAUGUCACAGAUGCAGUUUAUUCUGAUAUUGAAGAAAUGUUGCUGCUCCAUUUAAAUUUUCUCGAUGAGUGUAUCAGAGUAUUCUGACAGCUGUUGGAUUUGCUUCCUCCACACCAGGAAGAUUUACAUUUCAGGUACAGCCAGUUUAAUUCCAUGAUAGUGCUCCGUGUCUAAAUGAAGAAUAACAUUCCUUAUCUUGCUUUUCCUCCAUUUUGAUUUACACGGCUAAACUUGAACUUCAGCAGUCACUCUGACAGUAGUAAGCAUUAUUAUACUGAAACAUCAUGCUUAAUUAUUCUUCAAGAGCCAGGCCAGUUUUAUACAAAAUAUGUUUUGUGUUUUUGGUGUCCAUGGUUUCAGGAUGUGGUAGGCCAUAUUGUCAGUGUGUUUCUUGAAACAAGGAGUACUUUUCUUUACAAUAUACUGUUUGAGCUUUAAUCCCUGAAUGCAGUUUGAAAGUUUUCCUUCCAGUACAGCUCUUUUGAGUGUGUACCUUUAACACCCAGUAGGUGUGGCUUGAGCCUUUAAAAAAAAAAGUUAUCACCUUACAGUUCAAAGAAAUAUUCAUAUCGCUGGAACCAUAAGUCCAUCCAUGUUAAAAGAAAACUGUAAAUUGCAAACUUUUCAGGAUAAAUUAAUCUUUACAUUAGUGGCAUUCAUUCAGUUAAAUGAUUUAAAAUAAUAAAGGCAGUGAAUAUUAAUUUUGUUGUGUUGCACAAACAGAUUAUGAUAUCUCAGUAACUAUUGAAGCACGGCACAUACUGCCAGCAGGAUUUUCUUCACACAGUUGUGAGC